AGUUGAAUUUUCAAACACGGCACCUGAUCCGACGCUGCUGACGAAUGUAACAGAGCUGACCGAAUAUAAGUCUUAACAUGAUCUCAACAAAUGACCUGGAACAGCUGGCAGAGAUUGAGCUGGAGAAGGAAGAAGAGGAGGACAAAGGCAGAAUAAGUCAGAGUUCUUUAACGCAUCCCAGUGGCAAUGCUUGUCAGGACACAUCACAUCCUUAUUAUGAUGUUGCACGUCAUGGCAUCCUUCAGGUUACUGGUGAUGAUAACUAUGGUCGAAAACUGAUCAUUUUCAGCAGCUGCUGCAUGCCACCAUCACAUCAGCUUAAUCACCACAGGCUCCUGGAGUAUAUGAAGUACACAUUAGACCAGUAUGUUGAGAGUGACUACACAGUGGUUUAUUUCCACUAUGGCUUACGCAGCAUCAACAAACCAAACCUGAGCUGGCUCAGAAACGCUUACCGGGAAUUUGACCGAAAGUAUAAGAAGAAUCUUAAAGCCCUCUAUGUCGUCCACCCCACAAAUUUCAUCAAGAUCUUAUGGAAUUUAUUCAAACCUCUUAUAAGCCACAAGUUUGGCAAGAAGCUAACCUACGUGAACUAUCUGACAGAACUGCGAGAACACGUCAACUACGAACAGCUCAUCAUCCCACAAGCCGUUUUAAGGCAUGAUGAGGAACUCCGUGCUGCUCAGAAAGGCGGAAUACUCCCUCCAGCAAAGGUCCUACCUCCUCGACCCCCUUUGCCCACCCAGCAGUUUAGUGUAAGCUUACAAUACAUUAGAGAGAAGAACAAUGGUGCAUUGAUUCCCCCAGUAAUGCACCAAACUGUGUCUUACCUCAAACAAAAAGGACUAAAAACAGAAGGGAUCUUCCGAAGGUCAGUACGCGUGCAGCUCAUCAAGGACAUCCAGAGACUCUGUAACCAGGGGAAGGUGGUAAAUUUUGAGCAGUAUUCCGAUGUUCAUGUUCCCGCUGUGAUCCUGAAGACAUUUCUCCGAGAGCUUCCAGAGCCGCUGCUAACUUUCAGUUUAUACGACCAGAUACAAAACAUCACCAAGGUGGAGAGCAGUUUGCGAGUUUCGAGGUGUAAAAUGAUCGUGGAGUCUCUUCCAGAACACAACUUCAUCGUGGCCAAGUACCUCGUCUGCUUCCUACAUAUGGUAUCUCAGGAGAGCAUCUUCAACAAGAUGAGCGCCACUAACCUGGCCUGCGUGUUCGGGGUGAACCUGGCUUGGCCUCGUCACGGUGCUGUAUCUCUAAACGCCAUUGCACCACUCAACAUCUUCACUGAGCUGCUCAUCGAGUUCUACACGACCAUAUUUAGCUCUCGCUGCCCUUCUCAGCAGGUACUGCCCUGAUUGAUACUCACACUCAGUACCUUAUUACACCACCGCUUCAGCUCUCACCGUUUGCAUGACUGGCCCAAAUCGUGGGCCACUGAAAUGAGGUAUUAAGAUGUAAAAAUGCUGCUGUGGACCAAAACACUACACGAGUGCAGCUUUAAGGUUAUUGUGACACAGUACAAACUGUUUUCCACACAGAAAAUGUUACAUUAUAUUCAUGUUUUGUUUUUCUUUUUUUUUGUGUAUUUUCUAUCAAGGCAGGCUAGAGAUAGAUAAUAAUACACUGUUUGUUUUAAAUGGGUAUUUAAAGACAUUUAUUGCUCACAUAUGGUCUAUCUAAAUACACCGAUCAGCCAUAACAUUAAAACCACCUCCUUGU